UGAUUAUUGCUGACACAGACCCUUUGCCCCGAUCGGCCAUGCCAUCGAUCAUAUUCAGUGAGCAAAUGAACCGAUAGAGCUUCACUCAGGUCGAUCGACUGCACUCAGCCUUUGUAUUCCCAUGGUUCUACCCAGAGUGCAAGGCCCAUCGACCGCGCCGCCGUUUAUCUUGGGUCCUCAACAGUCAACAGGACAGGGCCUUGCCGAGCCGAACGUCUUAUGGAAAUGAACUAUUUAGAUAGCGCGAUGGCAAUUCCUAGUCGAGGUAUCAUCUUGGAGAAUCAAUCCCCAUGCAGCGGUGGGCGUCUGUCGAGGCAUAUAUUGGGACUGCAGCUAGAUGGCCGGAGCAGUUUGUUCUUGUCAUCGUCAUUCUACGCCGACCUUACCGACGUUAUCAUACCCUACUAGUCUUACCCGGAAGCCACGCCUGCCAUCGCAUACCAUUACUGAACAGCGGACGGCGAAACCUUAGCAACCAGCGUUCCCCAUCAAUCAAGAACGAAUCGACGAUCAUGUGUUUCUACGAGCAUAUCGUGUUUGCCUGUGGGCAUUCAAUGCGACGUCUAGCACGGCACUGCCAUUUUGCCCGGAACGAUCCAAACCACCAGUGUUUUGGAGUGGCAGUCGUCGUUCGGCAAUGGCGUGAAUCAGUACCAUGCCCUGGAUGCGGGUAAUAUGGAAGAGUGCUCAAAACCGAUAUCGUAGACACCCACUGGGAGGGUUCUGAUCACCGCCACUCAUUUGUUGCGAUACUGCGAGAUGUUCAAAAUGGGAGCGUGGUG